GAUGGAAGUUUAGCGCUGCCGCAUUACUUCGUUUCUUCACCGGUGUUUCUACAAAACGGGUGUUUUUUUCUCCUCAGUGUAAACUGACUUUCGGAGGUGAAGCAUGGCCAUAAACACCGACAGUGAGUUUGCGAAGUCGGGUCUGGCUGAAAGCGGCAGGGCGCAGCAGGAAACGGAGAAGCUGCUGCGUGAAGGCGGGGCAGGAAACGGGCUCAGCAUGUCCACCUCGGGCACUCUCACUGUGGACGUAGAGAAAGGACCCGAGAGCGAGCAGAACGGCCAUGGGGGACCACAGAGAUCCAGUUCGGUGGUGCAGCUCGCCUCGGCACCCCUGUCCUCCUCCAGACCAAGCCUGAGCCGCACCUCAUCCACCGGCAACGCGGUGCAGGAGCAGCCCAAGCCCAAAGACUACCUGCUGCUGGUCAUCCUGUCCUGCUUCUGUCCCGUGUGGCCCGUCAGCAUCGUAGCGCUCGUGUAUUCCAUCAUGUCCAGAAACAGCCUACAGCAGGGGGAUAUCGAUGGUGCAAGACGUCUGGGUAGCUUGGCUCGCCUACUCAGCAUCGUGGCUAUCGUCCUGGGCCUGGUCGCAAUUAUUGUCUACGUUGUGGUAUCAGGUACUACACACUCAUGCACUUUAUCUUGCGAAUUUGUCAUUGUUUUGGGUCCAAUGAAAGUAAAUUGUCAGCCUAUCGGAAGAUGUGAUCUGGGGUAGGAAGUCUAAACCAGACUUAAAUAAUUCUACUGUUGAUUUCAGUCAGUAAUUGAAAACAGUAACUCAAAUAGAAAAUAUAUAGUGAAACAUGAACUGCUUAAACAAUCAGUCAAGAUUGAUUAGGAUUUGAGAACAGUAGUGUGAUACCAUAUAUCGCAAAGGUUGUGUGUAUACACAUCAC